CUCGCCAAAGCAACGAACGGCUUCGAUAUAUUUGUUAGCUUUCAAUACAAUCCAAGGCCCCACUCUAGAGUCUAGACACAGUCUCUCUCUCCCCCACCCCCCCGGGUUUACAUCUGCAACUGUGUGCGAGCUAUUCAAAAAUGGUCUCUAAGAACCAGAACCGCCCUCCAUUACCUCUCUCUCCCUCGCCUUCAACCCCUUCUUCUCAGAAGUUGAUGGGUGAUGAGGUCCUCGUAGAUAGAGACCUACAGCAAGUUGCAGCUGAAAAAAUGGUGGGAACUCCCAUUAAUGGAAGAACUAGGCAAGCUUUCACAAUUGUUAAUGGCGGGCACGAUCUUAGCCCAAACAGUGCCCCGCCAAGCAAUGCCGGGUCAGACUGUGGUAUUAUAGAGUUCACGAGGGAGGAUGUGGAAGCAUUGCUGAAUGAAAAAGCCAAAAGGAAGGACAGAUUUAAUUAUAAGGAAAGAUGUGAAAAUAUGGUGGAAUAUAUAAAAAGGCUUAAAGUUUGCAUCAGAUGGUUCCAAGAGCUUGAGUUGAACUACUCCCUAGAGCAAGAGAGGUUGAAAAAUUCCUUGGAGUUAACCCAGCAAAAAUGCAUGGAAAUUGAGCUACUACUUAAAAUCAAGGAAGAAGAACUGAAUUCAAUUAUUGCUGAAAUGAGACGGAAUUGCACUUCUUUGCAAGAAAAAUUAAUCAAGGAAGAAACAGAAAAGUCGGUGGCGGUGGAAUCUCUUGCAAAAGAGAGAGAGGCUAGGAUUGAGUUUGAGAGGUCACGAACUGCCCUGUCAGAUGACCUUGGAAGAGCUCAAAGAGAGCUUCAAAGCGCAAAUCAGAAGAUAACAUCACUCAAUGAUAUGUAUAAACGGUUGCAAGAUUACAUAACAAGCUUACAACAAUACAAUGGGAAGCUUCAUACAGAGCUUUCUUCAGCAGAAGAUGAACUUAAGCGUGUAGAGAAAGAGAAGGCCACUGCUGUGGAGAACCUCACCAUGUUAAGAGCUCAACUUACUUUGUCCAUUUCUUCUCAAGAAGAAGCCGUGAAACAGAAGGACGCUUUGACUAGUGAAGUUUCAUCUCUAAGAGGAGAGUUGCAACAAGCAAGAGAUGAUCGCGACCUCAAUUCAUCUCAAGUGCAAACCUUAAGUUCUGAAUUAGCAAAAUUUAGAGAAUCUACUGAUAAGUCUUCCAUUGAACUGAACAGCUUGACUAUAAAAACAAAUGAACUGGAGGCAAAAUGUUCUUUGCAAGAUAACCAGAUAAAAGAAUUGCAAGAGAAACUAACAACUGCAGAGAAUAAAGUACAGGUGUCUGAUGUAUCUGCAUUUCAGACAAGAACGGAAUUUGAAAGUCAACAAAAACUCAUUGAGGAGUUACAAAGACGUUUGGCAGAUGCAGACUAUAAACUCAUAGAAGGGGAGAAACUGCGGAAAAAAUUACAUAACACAAUUUUGGAAUUGAAAGGGAACAUCCGUGUAUUCUGUAGAGUGCGGCCAUUGCUGCCUGAUGACAGUUGUAAUGGAGAGUGCAAGAUUAUAUCUUUCCCCGCAUCAAUGGAGGCUGCAGGACGAGGCAUUGAUUUAAACCAAAGUGGUCAGAGAUAUUCUUUCACAUUUGAUAAAGUUUUUGCACCAGACGCAUCACAAGAAGAAGUUUUUGUGGAAAUUUCACAGCUUGUACAAAGUGCUCUUGAUGGUUACAAGGUUUGUAUAUUUGCCUAUGGUCAGACAGGAUCAGGGAAAACCUAUACAAUGAUGGGGAAGCCAGGAAAUACAGGGGAAAAGGGCUUGAUACCUCGUUCGUUGGAACAGAUAUUUCAAACAAUGCAAUCUCUGCAAUCCCAAGGCUGGAAAUAUGAAUUGCAGGUGUCAAUGUUGGAAAUAUAUAAUGAAACCAUUCGGGAUCUUUUAUCUACUAAUAGAUCAUCCUUGGAUGUAACGCGUGUAGAAAAUGGUACUCCUGGAAAGCAGCAAUAUGCAAUAAAACACGAUGCCAAUGGAAAUACAUACGUUUCUGAUCUUACAGUAGUGGAUGUUCACAGUGCUAAAGAGGUCGCCUUUCUCCUAAAUCAAGCAGCCAAUAGCAGAUCUGUAGGAAAAACCCAAAUGAAUGAACAGUCAUCAAGAAGUCAUUUUGUGUUCACUCUUAGAAUAUAUGGUGUUAAUGAGAGCACCGAUCAACAAGUACAAGGUGUUCUUAAUCUUAUUGAUCUGGCUGGGAGUGAGCGUCUUUCAAAGAGUGGAUCAAGCGGGGACCGACUGAGAGAAACUCAAGCAAUCAAUAAAAGUUUGUCAUCAUUAAGUGAUGUUAUAUUUGCCUUGGCAAAGAAGGAGGAUCAUGUACCAUUCAGGAACUCAAAGCUUACAUAUCUGCUCCAGCCUUGUCUUGGGGGAGACUCAAAGACAUUGAUGUUUGUGAACAUAUCUCCUGAACCUUCCUCAGUUGGAGAAUCACUAUGCUCUCUCCGGUUCGCUUCCAGAGUGAAUGCUUGUGAGAUUGGGACGCCUCGAAGACAGACCAAUGGACGCCCCAUAGACUCACGCUUGAGUUAUUUCUAAUCUUUAGAUAGGUGGAGAUAUUCUUUGACCAUAUUUGUGAUAACAAAGCGCCAUGUAGGUGCGGUGACUUGAAUAAGGAGUGUUAGAUUAGCAUAGAAGAUUGUACAGUGAGGAAGUUACUGAUGUGCUUUUAGUUUGUGAAUCUUCCAUUCUGAUAGCUUGAAUUUGUAUGUCUACUGAAUGUCACAUUUUAAUGGCAUUUCCCUUAUCAGGCA